UGGACGACAGACGACUCUACCUACCUUCACUCUGCCGUCCAACAAUAAACCCGCAUUGCCCUAACCAUUUCGCAUCACAACAUUGUUGCACAUUUGCCCACCAUGGAGAACGAUCCCCAACCUCCUGCUACGAAUGUGCCAGAGGCCCCAGAUAAGGAGAAGAUGGACCAGAUCCGAAAGCGACGCAUGGAGAAGCUUUCAGGUCCAGCCCCGACUCCUAAAGCCGAAGGAGAGAAAAUGGGAGUCUCGUCAUCAUCUUCUCCUGCACCGGAAAACGCUCCUUCGACUGAGUCCACUCAAGUCUCGAAAAAGAUUCAGAUAGCGAAAGCAGUGCCUUCCCCAAAACCGGCUGAUAAUCCCAAUCCAUUCACGAAAUUGGGCGCACAAGCCCGUGCCGCGAACAUGACUUCCGCUUCAUCCACAACAAGUCCUCCCCCACCUCGAACCACGACCAUCCCAGCGACCGACGAGCCUAUCGAGCAGUGGGAGAAUAGAAGUUUGAGCAACAUUUUCCGGAUUACAUUGGACCCAGAGCACCGAACUGAAGGAUCUCAUAAGCUCAUCUACUUGCCGAGUUUGAGGCAGGAGUUGCUAGAUGAGGAGGUUCCGGUCCUUUUGACGAAAGAUCGACUUGAUUCUGCGCUUCUCGAGGCUGGUUCGACAUUACCGAACAAUAAAUCGAUAUUGGAUUACCUACUUCCUUGCUGGAAGAGAGUAGUGAAAGCGUCCAAGGGUCUUAGGGGAUAUGCGGGUGCCAAAGAUGCAAUAUUAAAGGAGGCAAAGAGAUUGUGCAUGAGCUACUGCAUCUUUGCUGUAGAAAUGCCAGAAUUAUAUGGCCGUAACCCAAAUCCUGCGACUGACUCUCUUACACCAUAUUUACUAUUCGAGGGCGGAGAAGACAUGGGUAUCUGCCCCGAUUUCUUAACUGAGUUAGUUAGCAGAUUUGAAGAGGAUGAAACCGUCAAGCCAAUGAUCACAAAGGCAGUCUCGGGCAUCAGUCUGCAGCUCUCAAAUAUGACUAUGAACGACAACUACAAGCCACAUGUCAAUGCACUUAAAGGGCUUUGCCAGUUUAAGCCGAUUGCCACUGCUAUUGCGAUGGACCCCUCGUUCCAGAUGGCGACCUCAGCACCUGGUAUUGAAAAGCACACUAUCUUAGGUCCCUUCUUCCGGAUCUCCCCUCUCCAGCCUGAAGUGACGAAGGAAUACUUUGCCGGACCAAAGACCAUGGAUAAGAGACAUAUCCAUAACUCACAAGAUGCGUUGAGAUUGACUCUACAAGCUCACCAGAGAGAUCUGCUUGAUAUCGUCAAUCAGCUCGUGCGUGCUAGCCCUGAAGCAAAGAACCAGACAUUACAAUGGUUUGCGUAUAUCGUAAACUCAAAUCAUAAACGCCGAGCUAUCCGACCAGAUGCUGCCCAACUGUCUACAGACGGUUUCUUGAUGAAUGUUACAGUGGUUCUCGAUGGGUUGUGUGAACCUUUCAUGGAUACCAUGUUCUCAAAGGUUGACCGAAUUGAUGUUGAGUACCUAAGACGAAAACCACGAGUUGAUAUCAAAGAAGAGACCAAGCUGAAUGCCGACCAAACUGCCUCCGAUGAGUACUACGAUGUUGAGGUUUCUGGCACGUCUAAUUUCAUAUCCGAGGUCUUCUUCCUAACUCUUGCUGCACACCAUUACGGCAGUGAGGCUACAAACAGCAUGCUCAAGUCUCUUGACAAGGACAUCAAGUAUUUGACAGGGAAGGUGGCGGAAUUGGAAGCAGAGCGACCAAAAUUUGCCAAUUCACCAAUGAAUAUGGCCCGAUUUGAGGAACAACUAAGAAGAUUCAAUGACGUUCUGGACAAGUCAAUGUCUCUCAAGUUUGCCAUUGAAGGUGUUCUUUUUGACAAGGUCAUGCAAGCGAAGUCUCUGAUGUUCAUGAGAGUUGUCACUGUUUGGCUUUUAAGAGUUGCAACGUCUUCUAGUUACACGCCAGACAAGACUAUUCAAUUGCCUUUACCAGAUGAGCAGCCGGAUGCUUUUAAGUAUUUGCCCGAAUACGUCCUUGAAGAUAUUGUUGGAAAUUUCAACUUCGUCUUCAGAUACAUCCCCGAUGUUAUGAUCUCAGCAGUGGGAGAUGAGCUCAUUGCUCUUUGUAUCACUUUCCUGACCAAUUCCGACUAUAUCAAGAACCCAUACCUCAAGGCAAAACUCGUCUCUCUUCUCUUCAACGGUACCUGGCCCGUCUAUCACCGAACCAAAGGCGUCCUGGGAGAUUCGUUGAUUGGCCUAAAAUUCGCCAACGAUCAUUUGCUCCAUGCUUUGAUGAAAUUCUACAUCGAGGUUGAGUCUACAGGAGCACAUACUCAGUUCUAUGACAAGUUCAAUAUCCGCUAUGAGAUCUUCCAAGUCAUCAAAUGCAUAUGGACGAAUGAUGUCUACAAACAGCGAUUAACUCAGGAAAGCAGAACAAAUAUCGAUUUCUUCCUUCGAUUCGUUAAUCUGCUUUUGAAUGAUGUCACCUACGUCCUGGAUGAAGCUCUUACGAAAUUCCCAAAGAUCCAUGACCUUCAACAAGAGCUGAGAAAUCCUCACUCUAGUUUGACCGCUGAGGAGCGAAGUACCAAAGAAGAGGAGCUUGCAUCUGCAGAAAGCCAAGCACAAUCUUACAUGCAAUUGACCAACGAAACAGUGUCCAUGAUGAAACUGUUCACCAAAACGUUGAGCGCUUCUUUCACGAUGCCAGAAAUUGUGGAUCGUGUGGCUGCUAUGCUUAAUUACACUCUUGAUACUCUGGUUGGACCAAAGUCAGCAAACUUGAAAGUUGAUGAACCUAAGAAGUACGCUUUUCAACCCAAGACUCUCUUGGGUGAAUUUUUCGACAUCUAUCUUAAUCUUUCAGUCUCAGAGGCUUUCAUCGUGGCGGUUGCCCGUGAUGGUCGCUCUUACAAGCCAGAAAAUUUCGACGCGGCAAUACGCAUCAUCACUCGAUACAGCCUCAGAUCCGGCGAGGACAUUGCUGCUUUCGAGAAGCUCAAAGAACGCUUCAGAAUUGCAAGAUUAAACGAUGAGCAGGAAGACGAGGACAUGGGCGAGCCUCCUGAAGAGUUCAUGGAUCCACUGAUGGCAACGUUGAUGACGGAUCCUGUCAUGUUGCCUGUCAGCAGGACCAUCCUGGACCGCAGUACGAUUCGCAGUCACCUUCUCAGUGAUCCAAACGACCCGUACAGUCGUGCACCACUUAGGAUCGAGGAUGUGAUUCCCCAGCCUGAGCUGCAGGCCAGAAUCGAGGCAUGGAGAGCGGAGACAAGAGAGGCGGCCAGAGCAGCAAGACUUCAAGCAUCCCAAGCCACAGUACCGGAGACUACGGCAAUGGAAACUACAGAAUAAUAGACGAUGGGUGCUCGGGGUGUUACAUCAUGUUGGAGUUGGUGCGUUGCGGCGUUCUUUCGAAACAAUUAUGCAUAGCUGUGGUUGGAAUGGAGGGUUGACAUGACUUCAUCCAAAAAGGGCACCUCGGUGGGACAGAUGCCCACCAACAGCAGCAAUUAUGACAACUGAGCGAAUUGAAUUUCUUGGCGUAGGUCCUCAGUGCUUGCGAUAUGACCAGCUUGUCCACUUGCGAACGAUGACCUACUCAUCCCCAGGAAGGCAAAGUUUCGGGGUCAUGAAUAGGUUGAUGUCUUUGUUAAUCACACCACACAUAUAGAGUCACAAGUUGCGGAGAUCAAGUAGUCUUUGAUUAAAUGUGGCAAAGUGCUCCGGGUGUAAAGAUAACCUGGAUAGAGCUUUGAAUAACAAAUAAAACAAAUGACAUUUCUUUUUGCUGUUGAGACCCAGACCCUGGAAUGCAUAAUCACC